AUGAUCAAGAUUAUUUGCCUGGCUGCCUUUAUUGCCGUUGUGGCUACGAUGCCCAAUGGAUCCUCUCCGGUGAGCUCUCCUUCGCAGGAGCCAACGAUUAUGAAGCGAGCAGUUGAUGCAUCGGAAGGAUUGAAGGUUGCUGAAAAAGAGCCCCCAGCAAAGGAAGCUACCGUGGAGGCGCAGGAUGAUAUGGACAAGGCGGAAACGUUUGGCUUUGGCUACCACAAAGUCAUUCAUGUUCACGCACCGUACUAUCCAGCUUACCAUCACUACUAUCCUCGGUAUUACCCUAACCAUUACUACGGGCACUACUGGUAA